GCCUCCCCGUAGCCUAUGUAGAAAUUGCGGACAAAAUAUUUUUAUUUCGCUGAUAGUCUUAUCUCACAGCCAGCAAUACAGCAUAGCUGUAAAACGUCGAAAUGGAUUAUCAUCCUUACCUAACUAAUGAUUGCCUAAUUCACAUUUUCUCUUUUUUUAAAGAAGAUGACUUAAUUCGAGCAUCAAGUGUCUGUAAGGAAUGGCAAGAAGCAGCAGAAACACCUUGGUUGUGGCGAGAAAUGUGUCUGCAGCGUUGGGGUUUCUGUAACAUUGCGGUGCUGGGCUCUGAACAUGGGAAGCAGGCUUGGAAGAGCUACUUCCUGCGUCGCUCUCACCUGGAGCUGAAGAUGACCAAGGGCAGGUCCGGUGGGGACUACACCUGUAAAAGCUUGAGGGGACACACAGGCAGGGUGGUUGGGUGUGUGUACCUGUCAGGGAACUCUCCCCAGCUCCCUGACUUCUGGAGUUCCAACCCUACUGUCUGCAGUUCAUCCUCAGAUGGUACAGUCCGUGCCUGGGAUGUCCAGCAGGGGGUACAGCUGUGGUGCAGCCCUGUUCAGAGUCCUCUGACUGGGAUGGUAGCUGACGGUGGGCAUGGUGGGGUCAUCACGUCAGAUUCCACAGGGCUGCUCAAAGCCUGGGAUGGUCAGAGUGGACAGGAGAUGUCCUUCUACUCCUCAGCAUCCCCACAGUGCACCUUACUGCCCUACAGUAUGGAAGGCAGCUCUUUUCUCUCAGUGGGGACCAGUCAAGGCUCUGUCCAUACUCUGACUAGCCCCUCACUGUCAAAGCUGUCCACUCUGGUGGUGUGUGACACAUUCAAAGUAAACCUACUGCUGGCAUCGCCAGACAAGAAAUGGAUUCUAGCUGGAACUACAGAGAAUAUGGAUAUGAGUCCAAAGGUGUUGUCCAGUCAGAGUGUGACGUGUCCUUCUGAGGAGGAGGAUCCUCUGUGCCAGUGUCUGCCUGUCUCAGGCUGUAGUGCUGCUGCCUUCCUGCCCUCCCAGCCAGCCAGACUGGCCACGGUCCACUGCAAGGUCAACUCACACUCAAACACGCAUCACAACAAGGUCCUCUCUGUGUUCGACAUCAUCAUAAAAAAGACCAGAUUCAAGACAGAGAUCCAGGUUGAGCAGGUGGAGAAAUUUGAGUUGGUAUUUGAGGGCAGGACUUCGGACAUCCUUCUGGAAGGCAAGGGAAGCAGCACUCUAGUUGUAGCUGCUCACAGAGAGCUGAAGGUCUACACUGUGAAAGGAGAACUCAUCUGUAGCUUCAAGGACCAUACUGAACCUAUCUGCUCUAUUUGUGUGGAUAGUUUCCGUGUAGUCACUGCUUCUCGGGACCUGUCCUUAAGAGUGCUGACGUGGAAAACUGACAGAGACAAAGGGCUCACACUGGAAAGUCGAUACCACUUAUUGGGAGGCUCUCACUCCAUGUCCAGAGGGUUCAGUUAUGUGGUUUGUGACUACUCAACCAUUGUGGCUUCAGUGGAAGCAGUGGAUGGGAAGGAUGUCCUGAAGGCCUACUCUUUCAACUCCUGAGCAACACUGUCCUCUAGGAGGACUUCGCAGAUACACACAUCCAUGGAUGAAGAGCAACUGUGUGCAUUAAGUGCCUUGCAGGAGAUCGUACAUGGGAUCAAAGACCAGCACCCUUUUGGCUGCCAGUUCCAUUCCCAUUUUGUGUUGCCUAGCCCAAGGCUUGUACCAGCAACCUUCCAGCUGCUGGUCGGCCUCUCUAACCUCUAGGCUACUGCAACCCCAAAUGAGUUGGUUAACUGAACAGAAGUCGUCAGUAGAAAUUAAUUGCAUACAGUAUGGCGCUAUUCCAAGUUUUCUGUAGUAAAUCUGUCAUGUAAAGUAUGAUUGGGUCCAGAGUGAGAAGCCCUGGUGUGGCUCAGUUGGUAGAGCAUGGCACUUGCAACGCCAGGGUUGUGGGUUCGAUUCUCACGGGGGACCAUUACGAACAAAUAUGAAAAUGUAUGAACUCUACUGUAAGUCACUCUAGAUAAGUGUCUGCUAAAUGACAAAUGUACAGUGCCAGUCAAAGUUUGGACACCCCUACUCAUUCUAGGGUUUUUCUUUAUUUGUACUACUUUCUACAAUGUACUGUAUAAUAAUAGUGAAGACAUCAAACUAUGAAAUAACCCGUAUGAAAUCAUGUAGUAACCAAAAAAGUGUUAAACAAAUGAAAAUAGUUCAUAUUUUAGAUUCUUCAAAGUAGCCUCCCUUUGCCUUGAUGACAGCUUUGCACACUCUUGGCAUUCUCUCAACCAGCUUCAUGAGGAAUGCUUUUCCAAGAGUCUUGAAGGAGUUCCCACAUAUGCUGAGCACUUGUUGGCUGCUUUUCCUUCACUCUGCGGUCCAACACUUCCCAUACCAUCUCAAUUGGGUUGAGGUCGGAUGACUGUGGAGUCCAGGUCUUCUGAUGCAGCACUCCAUCACUCUCCUCCUUGGUCAAAUAGCCCUUAUACAGCCUGGAGGUGUUUUGGGUCAUUGUCUUGUUGAAAAACAAAUGAUUGUCCCACUAAGCGCAAACCAGAUGGGAUGGCGUAUCGCUGCAGAAUGCUGUGGUAGCCAUGCUGGUUAACUGUGCCUUGAAUUCUAAAUAAAUCAUUGACAGUGUCACCAGCAAAGCAUCCCCACACUAUCACACCUCCUCCAUGCUUCAGGGUGGGAACCACACAUGCAGAGAUCAUCCGUUCACCUACUGUGCAUCUCACAAAGACACGGCGGUUGGAACCAAAAAUCUCAAAUUUGGACUCCUCAGAACAAAGGACAGAUUCCCACGGUCAAAUGUCCAUUGCUUGUGUUUCUUGGCCUAAGCAAGUCUCUUCUUCUAAUUGGUGUCCUUUAGUAGUGGUUUCUUUGCAGCAAUUCGACCAUGAAGGCCUGAUUCACACAGUCUACUCUGAACAUUUGAUGUUGAGAUGUAUCUGUUACUUGAACUCUGUAGCAUUUAUUUGGGCUGCAAUCUCAGGUGCAGUUAACUCUAAUGAACGUAUCCUCUGCAGCAAAGAACUCUGGGUCUUCCUUUCCUGUGGCGGUCCUCAUGAGAGCCAGUUUCAUCAUAGAGCUUGAUGGUUUUUGCGACAGCACUUGAAGAAACAUUCAAGGUUUUUGAAAUGUUCCGUAUUGACUGACCUUCAUGUCUUAAAGUAAUGAUGGACUGUCAUUUCUCUUUCCUUAUUUGAGCUGUUCUUGCCAUAAUAUGGACUUGGUCUUUAAUCAAAUAGGGCUAUCUUCUAUAUACCACUCCUACCUUGUCACAACACAACUGAUUGGCAUAAAUGCAUUAGGAAGGAAAGAAAUUCCAUAAAUUAACUUUUGCCAAGGCACACAUGUUAAUUGAAAUGCAUUCCAGGUGACUACCUCAUGAAGCUGGUUGAGAGAAUGCCAAAAGUGUGCAAAGCUGUCAUCAAGGCAAAGGGUGUUUUUUUGAAAAAUCUCAAAUUUAAAAUAUAUUUUGAUUUGUUUAACACAUUUUUUGGUUACUACAUGAUUCAAUAUGUAUUAUUUCAUAGUUUUGAUGUAUUUACUAUUAUUCUACAAUGUAGAAAAGAUAAAUAAAGAAAAACCCUUUAAUGAGUAUGUGUCCAAACUUUUGACUGGUACUGUAAAUGUAAUGGCCUAGAGUAAGUGCUGCUGACCUGGUCCAGUGGUUUGAAGACAGCCUCUGGGUUUGCAGGAUCACUGUUGUUACGGUCCAGAUUCUGUAUAUCCUUGAUGGAGAUGACUGGCUCCUUCAGCUGCUCCAGCCAGGUCCACAUCAGCCCAGAGAGCACAAACGGGUCCUUCUCCAAUGUACACAGCCUCUCCCAUGCCCCUCCCAUGUUCAACUCUGACUGCAAAAAUGCACAGAAUACACAAUCAGUGUCACCAAAACCCACAUCAGGUGUAGAAGAGCUAACAAUCUAACGCCACUCCAGUAUUAAAAAUGGAAAGUUUCCUUUAUGUACAAACGGAGUUGUCAGAUACUGUUCAGGUAAACAGGAUUCAUCAAUUGUGCUAUGCUACUCUAUUACUACCGUCUCACUAGACUAUUUCAAUAUAUAAUAUUGUAUGUACAGUAUUCCAAAAGGUAGAUACAGCAUUUUAAUAACAAUAGUGUAGAACAUGAAGUUCGUACCUGCCAAGAUUGUAGUCUCUCCCUGUGCUCCUCCUCUCCAUCCUG